AUGGAUAAGAAAAUUAAAGCAGUGCAACUGAAAAAGAGGAUCGCCCUGGAGAACAUAAAAUCGCUGGAACGGUUCCAGGCGAAAUAUUCGAGUGAUGAUGCCAAGCAGAUUCCGGAGGUGUUAGAAGAUCUGGCGAAACAUAAGGAAGAGUUUUUCACCGCAGUUUCGAAACUGGAAGAGCUUGAAGAUAAAGACGAAGCGGUCGAAGCCAGCAUAAUGGAACGGAUCAACAUUGAAGAACGCUGUCGCAAGCUAAAAUCAUUUCUACGGGAAAGACAGCCAAAGGAAGAAGGUUCGCUCAACGAUACAACGGGCUUGGCUUCCUCAACGCUUGCAUUCGGUCGACCCCACGCGCCAAAUUUACGUUUGCCCAAAAUCGAACUUCCAACAUUUGACGGAGAUCACACAAAAUGGCUUUCUUUCCGAGAUCGCUUCAUCGCAAUGAUCGACGCUUCAGCCGAGCUUCCAUCUAUCGCGAAGCUACAAUACUUACUGUCAUCGUUGAAGGGGGACGCGGCGGUACCCUUCGAGCAUACACCUUUAACGGCGGACAACUAUUCGGUUACCUGGGCGGCGCUUCUUAAACGGUACGACAAUUCUCGUCUUUUGAUUCGCGAAUACUAUCGCAAAUUGCACUACCUUCCGGGAGUGCAAUUGGUGUGCGUUGACAAGCUCACGCACCUGGUGGAUGAAUUCACCCGCUUCGUCAACGGGUUGAAAAAGCUGAACGAACCGGUUGACUCGUGGGACACACCCCUCUCAAACAUGCUGCUGAUGAAGUUGGAUCGAGAGACAUUGUUGGCUUGGGAGAAACAUUCCGUGCACUUCACGACGGACAAAUAUAAGGAUGUGAUCGACUUCGUGCAAGAUCGUAUCCAAAUCUUGAAAUCGACCAACAACUUCGUGAAGGAUCAAGCAGCUAGUGGUAUCAAGGUGGCCGGUCUCAUUCGUCAACCAGGGCAACGGAGAUUCAUCGCGAAUGCAGCUACAUCUCGCUCGGCUCCUGCUGCAUCGACUGCGCACACCCAACAGCCAAAGUGUCCAUUGGAGUGUUCCGAAGACCACACACUGCGCAACUGUCCAGUGUUCAUCGCCAAGGAGGUCCAACAGCGACGGGACGUCGUCGCAUCGAAGCGGCUGUGCUGGAACUGUUUGAGCAGCAAUCAUCAGGUUAGAGCGUGCAAGUCGGAUUAUUCGUGUCGCACGUGUCCUCAGUCGAAUGAAGACAAUGUGUUUCUGGCGACGGCAAACAUCCAGAUCAAGGAUGACUACGGGAACACCCAUGAAGCAAGGGCGUUGUUGGAUUCGGGAUCCAUGUCGAAUUUCAUCGCUGAGGAGUUCGCACGGAAACUGCUGACGAGUCGCAAAAGGGUCAACGUCGCUGUAUCGGGCAUCGGCAAUGCAGUACAGCAGAUCAAGGGUUCCAUCGUCGCUACCGUUCAGUCCAAGACACAACCCUUCCCAACGAAGAUGACUUUCUUGGUUCUGGACACGCCAUCCGCAAACAUCCCUACAUCACCAACGGACGUCUCUUCAUGGAAAAUGCCGGACGUGGCAUUGGCGGACAGCACCUUUAACAGUCCGGGGCAAAUCGACAUCGUCAUCGGAGGCGAUACGUUCUGGGAGCUCCACACCGGUCGCAAGUGCUCUAUCGGUAGAGGCAAACCGUGGCUGGUCGAAACCCACUUUGGUUGGGUUGUCACCGGCAACACUCAUCAUUCGUCAGUCGGUCCGCGGCUGUGCCAUCUAUCUGCAUACGACACCCCACUGGAGGAGACCAUGCAGCGGUUCUGGGAGAGUGAAAUCAUAGCCGAGGAUCCUGUGCUAUCGGUUGAGGAGAAUGCUUGCGAGAAGCAUUUCGCAGCAACAACUGUUCGCAACUCAAGUGGAAGGUAUGUCGUUAGUUUGCCAUUUAACUCCAACCCUAAUAUCGUUUUAGGAGAGUCGAAGGAAAUAGCCGAUCGCAGACUGCGUUGUAUCGAACGGCGGUUGAACACCAAUGCUAAAAUGAAAGAAGAGUAUGUUAAAUUUAUGAAAGAAUAUGAGCAUUUGGGGCAUAUGAAGCGGCUUACCAGUCCUGCAAACGAUUCGGUAGAGCAUUACUACCUCCCACAUCACGCUGUCAUUAACGAAUCAAGCACAACCACGAAGGUGCGUGUCGUGUUCGAUGCAUCCUGUAAGACUUCGAGUGGUUACUCAUUGAACGACAAACUCUUCGUGGGACCAGUCGUUCAAGAAGAUCUUUUAUCAAUUAUCCUUCGGUUUCGUUCUCGUGCCAUUGCUCUCACUGCAGACGUAGAGAAGAUGUAUCGGCAAAUUUUACAUAGCCCUCAUGACCGUAACUAUCUGCGCAUCCGGUACAGAGAACAUCCUGCAGAUCCUAUAUCGACAUUUGAGCUACAGACGGUUACGUACGGCACAGCCUCUGCUCCAUUUUUAGCAACCAGGACCCUAAAACAGAUUGCUCUUGACCACAAGGAAGAGUAUCCUUUGGCAAUGAACGCGGUCAUGAACGAUUUUUACGUAGAUGAUUUGCUAACGGGUACCGAUGAUUUGUCCGAAGCAAUCGUUAUACAAAGGCAAAUCUCAGACAUGCUAAAUUCAGCUGGCUUCACGCUGAAGAAAUGGGCAUCGAACCGCUCCGAAGCAUUGAAGAACGUUCCUUCAGAAGAUGUGGCGGUACAACUCUCGCACGAGUGGAAGAGCUCGAAACAAGUAUCCACACUAGGCAUCGUUUGGGAACCGGCAACUGAUACACUACGGUUUCGUAUUGAGAUACCACCUACAACACCCAGCAUGACGAAAAGGUUAAUUUUGUCAUAUAUCGCCAAGAUAUUUGAUCCCCUCGGGCUACUGGGCCCAACGAUCAUCAUCGCAAAGAUGUUCAUGCAGCAACUAUGGGCUCUCAAGAUUCAUGGAAAGGCAUAUGACUGGGACAGCGAGCUACCAUCGCACUUACAGCAUGAAUGGUCGAAAUUUCACUCUACAUUAUCUUCACUACGCAAUUUGACAGUCCCACGGUACAUAUCGCAAUGCACGGCAACAAGUCUGCAAAUUCAUAUCUUUGCUGACGCAUCACAACUAGCAUAUGGUGCUUGUUGCUACAUUCGGGCUGAAAGCAUGGAAGGAGUCACCGUGCAGCUGCUAACAGCCAAGUCAAAGGUCGUUGCGUUAUCCAAUUCACAUUCCAUAGCUCGAUUGGAAUUAUGUGCAGCACGACUAGCCACACUUCUUUACGAGAAAGUCCAGCAAUCACUGAAAAUUUCUGCUACCACCAUCUGUUGGACCGAUUCCAUGACUGUCCUUCACUGGCUGAAUUCAGCACCAAAUCGAUGGAAGCCCUUCGUUGCAAACAGGGUUGCAAAAAUUCAGCACACGGCUGGAAUACAAUGCUGGAAGCAUGUUCCAGGCUCGGACAAUCCAGCAGACGACAUUUCGCGAGGUUUAACGCCGGAAAAGUUGCUAGUGUGUGAGCGCUGGUGGCACGGGCCACAUUGGUUAGCACGCAACUCGGAAGAAUGGCCGCAGAACACACCAUUACCAAGCGAAGAUGAGAGCGCAGAAGAAGAAAAACUAUCGUCACGGGUUGCAAGCACAGCAUUAAUCUGCGAAUUUCGAAACAGUUUGUUCUCACGAUUUUCGAUCUACCACAAACUGCAAAGAGUUGUUGCACAUUGUUUGCGCUUUAUACAAAACGCAAAGCGCCGCGUAGGAAACAAGGUCCAUGCUAAGGAUAUCCCACCGCUCACUGUAGACGAACUCAAGGCGGCAGAACUCAAGUUGUGUUAUCUUUCGCAACAAGACACCUUUUCCGAGGAGAUACAACACCUGCAGAAGGGCAAAGAGAUUCCGAAGAACUCCAAACUGAAAUGGAUUUCCCCUUUCAUAGAUACGCAAGGUAUUCUGCGCAUUGGUGGCCGGCUCAGUAAGGCACAUCUGUCGGAAUCAGAAAAACACCCGGUAAUAUUAUCACUGUCCGCACUACUAGCUGUUUCGAUACACUUGAGUAAGCUGCAUGCUGCACCACAACUGCUUUUAGCAACACUACGCCAAAGCUUUUGGAUAAUUGGCGGUCGCAAUUUAUGCAAGUCUGUGUACCACAGUUGCCACGCAUGUUUUAAGGCCAAACCCACACUUAUUAAGCAAAGUAUCGCCGAUUUGCCAACAUCACGAGUCACACCAACAAGACCAUUCUCAGUAUGCGGAGUAGACUAUUGCGGACCAAUCUAUAUAAAACAAACCAUACGCAACAGAAGUCCGAUUAAAGCAUACAUCGCCAUAUUUGUAUGUUUUUCAACAAGAGCGGUACAUAUCGAACUGGUUGGCGAUUUAACAUCAACAGCAUUUAUCAAUGCACUUCGUCGUUUGAUUGCACGUCGUGGUCAAAUCGGUGAACUGCAUUCCGACAAUGCAACCACCUUUAAGGGAGCGGCACAUGAGCUGAAUCGCGUCUACAAGAUGCUAAAGAGCGACGAACACGAUCGAGCUGCUAUAUUUGAUUGGUGCGCGAUGAAUCAUAUGAAGUGGAAGUUUAUCCCACCAAGAGCACCACAUUUUGGAGGUUUAUGGGAGGCGGCGGUGAAGGCAGCUAAAAGCCAUAUAGUCAGAACAAUAGGAACAACAAGCAUCACACAGGAGAGCAUGCUUACCCUACUUGCCCAGGUAGAGCAAUGUUUAAAUUCGCGACCAAUUACACCUCUAUCCGAUGAGCCGUCGGACUUGGAACCAUUGACACCGGGACACUUCCUCGUCGGUGGCAAUCUGCAAGCGGUACCAAUCAUCGAUUACACCGAGACACCGAGCAACUAUUUGAGGGAAUACCAGUUGGUACAAAAACAUCUGCAAACCAUUUGGGCUCGAUGGUAUCCGGAGUACCUGCAGCAGUUACAAGCUCGAGCCAAAUAUUGCAACGGAAAAUCAGCGGUUCUGAAAGAAAAUACACUGGUGAUUAUUAAGGAAGACAAUGUACAUCCUACCUCGUGGCCGAUGGGGCGCAUCGUUGCAGUACACCCUGGAAAGGACGAUGUUGUUCGCGUCGUUACACUGCGCACUGCUUCAGGGAAGCAAAUCGUCCGCGCAGCUAAUCGUCUGGCGGUUUUGCCUAAUCCGGACGUAAUUAGCAACUUAGAGCAGAAGGAAACCACUGGCACUGAGUAA